GUGACCCUAGAACAGUUGAUCAUGAUGCUCAAACAGUGGUGUCAAGGCCUGGGACACAGAUGAGACUGAAAAUCGAUGAGCUUCAAUAUCUCCUGCAUGAAAAGAUUCGAUCUGGUGGAUUUUACACUCUCAAGCAGCUUUUCCAGGCUAACGACCCUACUGGCAGAGGUCAUGUAACAAGGGAAGUGUUAUUGACGGUUCUAACUCGAUUUCUGAAACGAUUUAUUGCUACAAAUGAGUUCUAUCAUCUUCUGCUCAGGCUUAAACUUAAGGAAAAGACCACCAUUACUUUUGAAAACUUCUAUGCGCAUUUCAAAGAUCAAGAACCAAAGGGUUACCCGGCUUGGAUGGAUCCCGUGAGAAGACCCAAUGAAAGCAAAAUGUUGAGUGCAACACAAGCUCAUUUGCAGCUGAAAGCAAUGGUUAGGGAGAGACCAAUAGAAGUGCGAGAUCUUUUCUCGAAGAUGGAUAAUGGCAGAAUGCAUCAAACCUCAUUUAAAACAGCCUUGCAUCAACUAGGGAUAGAAAUGGAACAAGAAGAAUUCAGAAAACUGUUGAAAAGGUAUGACUUCAAUGACACUGGAAUUGUUAAAGCUGACAGCUUAAUGAGAGUAUUGGGCUUCCAGACUAAAGGUGAUCAAGAUGAAGGAUGGACCAAAAUCCCGUCAGCUCUUGGCAAGACAAAAAGAUUCAGGUUAUCAGAAGAUCAGCCCAGAUUCUCGGGAAGAAACCGAACAAAAGCAGAAAAGGAAAGAAAACUGACAUUGGACAUUGAAAACUGGUUGAAGGAAAAAUUUAGAGAAGGUUUCAAGAGCAUGAUGACUGAUUUCUGGCACUAUGAUCAAGACAAUUCUGGAAAGGUAACCAGAGAAAACUUUUUGCGUGUCCUGAAAGAGUUUGACCUACGCCUAAAAGAUGACCAAUUAAAUAUUUUCCUUGUGCGUUGUGGCCUCCCCGAAGAUGCACUAAAAAUAAAUUAUAUCGAAUUCCUUCACAAUUUCCAAGACAGAAGUGAAAACGGAAUCCCUCACAGGAUUAUCAGUGAUGAAAAUCACAGAUUUAACAAACUGAGUAGCCUUGGUUCUCAGUCCUCAGUAACUGCUUUGGAAGCAAGGCUAAUGAAUCUUCUGCAUUAUGAAUUCCUUUCCCUUUUGGGGAUUUUUCAUAAAAUCGACGACAAGAAACUAGAUGUAAUUAGUCAGCAGGCGUUCUGGGCAGUCUUAAACAGCAGGUUUGGCAUUAACAUGACUGAUGAAGAAAUGAAUUAUCUAAAGAGCAGGAUACCACUUGAUCACCAUGGGAAUGUAAAAUAUCUUGAGUUCAUGUCCAUGUUUGAUAGCUGCAAAGGAGCAAAGAGUCUUUUGGGUGACAAGUCCAUGAUGACAAACCUCAGCAAGGAACAGGCAAUAAAGAAGGAGAUCAGCUUAGGAAGAACAACAGAUCAGACCUCAAAAAUUAUACAGAAUAUCUUGAAAAAGCGUUACCAAAUGGUGGAAGAAAAUUUUACUAGGCUGGAUUCAAUGAAUACAAAGCAACUUUCUCCUGAAUCAAUGUACCAGCUAAUGAAACAGUUCGACAUUUACCCACCAAUCUCCAGAGAUGAAGUCAAUAACCUCUGGACCACUUUAAUUACCAACCAGAAUAAUACUUUGGAUUUCCAUGAGUUUGUUCGUCACUUUGGCUUCUCACCUAAAUCAGCUUGUUUCCCAAAUGCAAAAAUGUGUCCACCAGUUAAAGGUGACAGUGACUUUCUGAUUCGAUCUAGAAAGCUGAACUGUGAUACUGAGAUCGUCGAAAAUCAUCUGCAAGCUAAGGUUCAGCUCUUGCUGGAUGAUCUUUGGACAUGUUUUCAUGAGUUGGACCAAUUUAAUACUGGCUUUGUGAGCAAGGAAGAAUUCAAAGACAUCCUUACGGACCUUUGUGUGGCAUUGAAUGAUCAGGCCUGUGAGAUGAUCACCAGCAAGUUUGACCAUGGACAGAACCGGAUUUCAUAUGUUGAGUUUCUCCAGCCAUUUGAAGAUCGAAGGAAGUCGUUCAAGCUUGAUAACUUAAAGAAUCAAAAACAGUUACAGCCGAAAUUAGCAACUUACACAGAAUCUAUGCAUAAAGGUCUGAGCACCAUUACAGUAAAACUGCGGCGGAAGUUAGCUGGUAACUGGAAAACAUUGGACAGGGUUUGUAAAAAAUUAGAUCAAGCUAGCACUGGAUUUCUCACGCUGCCUGAAUUUCAAUCAGUUCUUCAACUCUGUAAUAUAGUGUUGGAUGAAGAUGAAAUGUAUCACUUAAUGUCAAAGUACGAUAAAGAUAUGGUUGGUAAAAUUAAGUAUUCAAAACUUAUCAACAAAAUUUUUAAGACUCCAUAAACACGUCAUUUUAA